CCGGCCGCGCCGCCAGGCUGGUACCCCGCGCCCGCGCCCGGGAUGCCGUUCUACAGGCGCACAGUGGUGCCCCAGCGCCUGUGCCCGCGCAACCCGCCACAGCCGCUGACCGAGCUCCGCGACGUGAGCCACCUGGCCGCGCUCAGCCUGCUCCGGCAGCUCGCCGACCUCUGCGGCCACUCGCUGGCUCUGCUCGAGGACCUCGAGGGGCACCUGCUGGCCCUGGGGCGCCGCACCGACAGCCUGUUCCGCCGCACCGUGCACCUCCGCCGCCGUCUUCCCUGCCGCCUGCUCGGCCCGGAGGACGACGAGGAAGAGCUAGGUGCCUCCCAUUGGUCAAACCUAACCCGAAGUCAGAGGGCGAGGGAACCUGUCGAUGCAGUCUAUACAGCUGCAGCUAACUCGGGUCGGGAAAAUGCGACAGCGACUGCCCACUCGAGGUCGUCAUGGCGACAGCCAGUGAACGUGUUCCUCUCCUCGGGCAGGCCCCCGAGUGUAGAGGAGCUGCUUCGCGAGGCGCAGCUCAAUCUCCAGAGCCUGUUGCAAGAAGAAUAUGAGGAACAGUACUCGGAGGCCAGACUUCUGGGGCAGACCUUCCGCUCUGCUGAUGAGGCCCCUGAGCCCACUCCCAGCCCAAGGCCCCAGUCUGCCAGGCGUCUGGAGUUUGUACUGAUGCCCACAAAACGGCAGCUGAGCGAGGAUGAGACUACCAUGCAGGGUGUGAGGGCCCCUGAGGCCUCCCUGAACCUGCCUACCACAGCCGACAAGCAAGCUGCCUGGAAUAGCCCCUUCCCUCUGCCCGUCCUAGAGGAGAAGCGAUGGCUUCAGCCUUGUCCCACGCACUCUGACAUCGUGCCCAUCAAUGUCUCCGGGCAGCAGUUUGAUAAACAUGCAAGUUUGCGACACUCGUUGUUUAACACAGAGACAGCCGUGAACCCCAAGUCCACCCUGAGGCGGAGGCGGACCAUUAUUGGAUUCUCUAACUAUUCCCAGCGAGACCAAGGUCACAGCAACAGCCCCACAGGCAGUGUGGCCCGCUCUACCACCUCAGACAUCAAGCCCAGCCAUUCAGUUCCAGGAGGUGUUCAUGGAAGAGUUGCCAUUGGUCAGGAAGCUCAGUUAUCAAAUCUCACCUCGCCAGUACUGAGAAAUCCUUCUAGUGAUCCGGAAGAACCUCUCCAGGCACGUGGUGGCACAAAAGUCCCUGGCAUGGAGAGCAUGGGGAUGGUGUACAGCGUCCCCAGUUCUUGCAAUGGACCAACAGAAUCAACGUUCUCCCCUUCCUGGAAGGGAGAUGCUUUUACCUACGUGACUCCAAGUGCCACUGCUCAGAGCAGUCAAGACAAUGAAAAUGGAAAAAGUCCUUCCUCUGGGAAUUCUUGGAUCUCUCUGCACACAUUGCCACCUCUGGUUCCUAAGGAGGCUGCCACCUUCUUUGUCACUCGUGAUACCCCAGCAGGAUGCAGUGGGUCUGCUGGCUACUCUGAGCAUUUUACUCAACGAAGGCACGUAUCAGAACGACCCUCCAAGAUUGGCCUCCUGACUGGUGAUACCUCAAGGCUGGAGACAGGCCCAGGUGGGGCCAGCAGGUUCCGGGAGCGGUCACUGUCUGUACCCACAGACACAGGCACCACGGAUGUGGACUACGACGAGGAGCAGAAGGCCAGUGAAGCCUGUGCCCUGCCUUAUGCCGGUACAAGUUCUGAGGGCAGUAACAGUGCCGACAACAUUGCCUCCCUUAGCGCCCAACAGGAGGCCCAGCAAAGAAGGCAGAGGUCCAAGAGCAUCUCACUCAAGAAGGCCAAGAAGAAGCCUUCCCCUCCGACUCGCAGUGUCUCGCUGGUCAAAGAUGAACCAGUCCUCUUGCCAGAAGGUGGGUCAGCGCUACCCAAGGACCAGAGGCCCAGGAGCCUUUGCCUCUCCCUGGAACACCAAGGACAUCACUCAUCCCACCCAGAUACUCAGGGUCACCCAGCUGUGCCAACCUUCAAAGACCCAGAAGGUACACAAUUCGCCCACCACUGGUAUCUUACUGACUGGAAGUCUGGUGACACCUACCAGUCCUUGUCCAGCUCCAGCACUGCCACUGGCACCACAGUCAUCGAGUGCACCCAAGUUCAGGGCAGCUCAGAGUCUCUCGCCUCCCCUUCCACCUCCAGAGCCACAACGCCUUCCCAGCUGUCCAUCGAGGUGGAGGCCAGGGAGGUAUCCUCCCCAGGAAGGCCCACUGGGCUGAUGUCACCCUCCAGUGGAUACUCCAGCCAGUCAGAGACACCAACACCCACUGUCUCCAUGUCCUUGACCCUGGGCCACUUGCCCCCUCCAAGCGGCAGUGUCCGGGUGCGUCCAGUGGUACCUGAGAGGAAGUCAUCACUACCCCCAACAUCACCAGUGGAGAAAAUGUCCAAGUCACGGCUAUCGUUUGACCUACCGUUGACCUCUUCAACCAACCUGGAUCUGUCUGGGAUGAGUAUCUCCAUCCGAAGCAAAACCAAGGUGAGCCGGCAUCACUCGGAUACAAAUUUUGGGGCCAAGCUGGCCCAGAAAACUAGCCCCAACCAGCCAAUCAUGCCCAUGGUUACUCAGUCUGACUUACGUUCUGUUCGCCUGAGGUCAGUCAGCAAGUCUGAACCGGAAGAUGACAUUGAGAGCCCUGACUAUGCUGAGGAGUCAGGAGCCGAAGUCUUCACCUUGCCAGAGAGAAAGGCAAAACCUCCCAUAGCCGAGAAGCCCCCACUGGCCCGAAGGCCUCCAAGCUUGGUCCACAAGCCACCGUCUGUCCCCGAGGAGUACCCACUAACUUCGCCUACCUUGGCUAUGACCCCCAAGACCUCAAUUCAACAUAUGAGGCCACUCCCUCAAGAUACAUACACGGUGGUGCGGAAACCAAAGUCCUCCAGCUUCCCUGAGGGCAGAACCCUGGGGGAGUCAACAGCACCCUCAUCUCUUGUUUUCACGCCUUUUUCCAGUUCCUCUGGUGCUUUCUUCUCAGGAACACAGCAACCUCCCCAGGGAAGUACGGAGGAUGAGGGCCCCAAGGGGAGAGCCCUACCUGAAAGAAUUAGCCUCCAGAGCCAAGAAGAAGCUGAGAAAAAGAAAGGCAAGAUUCCACCUCCUGUACCAAAAAAGCCCAGCGUGCUGUACCUGCCUCUCACCUCACCUACAACUCAAAUGGAGGCCUACACAGCUGAACCAAGGCUGCCUCUCAGCCCCAUCAUCACCCUGGAGGAAGAUGCCAAGUGUCUCCCAACCAGCGACCACCUGCCAUCGGCUGGUACAAGGACAACCUCCACGCCACAGGCUGACAGUGAAAGGGAGGCAAGCCCUCUGGGUUAG